CCGGACAGGAUGUGAGAGAGGAACUGGGGUCUCCAGUCACGGGAGCCAGCCAGGGCUGCAGGCGGGAAGGGAACGUGGCUGUCGCCCUCUCAGCAUGGGGAUCCCCUGGCCACAGCCCUGGGCGCUCCGUCUCCUGCUCUGCCUCCUGCCUGGGACACUGGGCGCAGAGAACCAUCUCUCCCUCCUGUACCAUGUCACCGCAGUGUCCUCCCCUGCCCAGGGUACUCCUGCCUUCUGGGUAUCUGGCUGGCUGGGCCCACAGCAGUACCUGAGCUACAGUAACCUGCGGGCCGAGGCUGAGCCCUAUGGGGCUUGGGUCUGGGAAAACCAGGUGUCCUGGUAUUGGGAGAAAGAGACCACAGACCUGAGGAACAAGGAGAAGCUCUUUCUGGAAGCUUUGAGAGUCCUGGAGGGAUCAGGUGAGACUUGGACUCCUGGGUCUGAGGGAGGACGGGACUUGCUCCUGGGUUCUGCUUACCUGUGUGAGGGCUCCCCAGGUCCCUACACCUUGCAGGGUCUGCUGGGCUGUGAAUUGGGCCCUAACAACGCCUCAGUGCCCACGGCCAAGUUUGCCCUGAAUGGCGAGGAGUUCAUGCAGUUCAACACCACGGCGGGCACCUGGGAGGGGGACUGGCCCGAGGCACAAGCCAUCAGUAGCCAAUGGAUGAAGGAGGCCGAGGUGGUCAGCAAGGAGAGGACCUUCCUGCUCAACUCCUGCCCCCAGCGGCUACUGGGGCACCUGGAAAGGGGCCGUGGAAACCUGGAGUGGAAGGAGCCGCCCUCCAUGCGUCUGAAGGCCCGACCCAGCAGCCCUGGCUUUUCCGUGCUCACCUGCAGUGCCUUCUCCUUCUACCCCCCGGAGCUACAACUUCGAUUCCUACGGAAUGGGCUCGCAGCUGGUUCUGGAGAGGGUGACUUUGGCCCCAACGGCGAUGGCUCUUUCCAUGCCUGGUCAUCAUUAACAGUUAAAAGUGGCGACGAGCACCACUACCGCUGCCUUGUGCAGCAUGCGGGGCUGCCACAGCCCCUCAUGGUGGAGCUGGAAUCUCCAGCCAAGUCCUCAGUACCUGUGGUUGGAAUCGUCAUCGGCUUCUUGCUGCUCACGGCAGCAGCUGCAGGAGGAGCUCUGCUGUGGAGGAGAAUGAGGAAUGGGCUGCCAGCCCCUUGGAUCUCUCUUCGUGCGGACGACUUAGGGGCCCUCCUGCCCACCCCUGGCUUGCCCCAGGAUGCCGACUCUCAGGAUGUAAAUGCAUUUCCAGCAACUGCCUGACCACCUGCAUUCUGGCUGCUAAUAACUAAUGUAGUCAGGUCUUUUUCAUGCUGUGAGACCCCCUGGAAUCCUGGCAUCUCUGAGCCACCAGAAGGAGUCCGGAGCCCGAUGUCUUCCCUCUGGUCCCCUCCUCCCCUCCUCCCGUGGCCUGCCUCAAUUUUCCCUCCUAAUAUAUAUGGUUCUUUCCACAUCCACAUAUAUCUUGUGUUCGGGCCCAAAUCAUCGUGUUCUCAUCCUUUCAAGUUUUCAGGCAGGGGAUGUAAGGGAAUGGGUGGGGAGAAUGAAUGGUGUGAACCCUGGGCUUCAGAUCUCUCCUGCGGCUGACAUGUUGCCAUGGUGGAAUGUGCCAAUUUAAUACAUCAAUUUUAUGUAUUUUUCAUUCAUAAAUUUCACAAAUAUUUACUGAA